AUGGCAAGCGCACCUACGGAGAACGAGCAGGCUCCCCCCGUCGCCUCGCAGCAGAACGAGGAAGAGACUAUUCUACCUUCGGAGCCGAAGAUGCCGACUCGGAAAGAUACUUCAUUGAAAGAAUUCUUAACUAAGAUGGAUGACUACGCGCCCAUCAUCCCCGAUGCCGUAACCAACUACUACAUGACAAAAGCCGGUCUUCCCCCGCCACCCCACACCGACCCGCGCCUCGCGCGCCUCAUCGCUCUUGCGGUCCAGAAGUUCGUCGCCGAUAUCGCCGCCGACGCCUACCAAUACAGCCGCAUCCGCGCAUCCAACACCAGCGCGAACAACCCGAUGGGCAACCUCGGUGCGGCCGCAGGACUCCAGAUUCCGGGCCAAGCGCAAGCCAACGCCAAAGAUCAAGGACGCGGUGGGCCGCUGGGUAUCCAGAGAGCGGGUUACGGUGGUGGCGGCCAGGGCGGUAGUCAGAACCGCACGGUCCUUACUAUGGAAGAUCUGGGUAUGGCCGUUGGUGAAUACGGCGUCAACGUCAAGCGAAGCGAGUUCUACCGAUAA